UCAAUCGUCGAAGCCAACGCGCAGCUGAUCGAGGCGGAUACAUUGCGCAAGCUGCAGAAGAAUCAAUCAAUAGAGGUUUCUUGACACAAAUCAUAAUGGAUCACGGUCGUCGUUGUUUGACGGUUUUUGUGCUCCUGCUUUGCCUUUAUCCGUGUGCCGUGCUACCACUGAGAUCUUCGAACACGCAAUCGGCUUUCCGGAUACGACUUCCCAACGGUGUAAGUGGUGCCGAAAGCCUAGCCUUCGACCCUCAAAACCAAGGCCCGUACACCGGCGUCUCCGAUGGUCGCAUACUUAAGUGGGAUAGGAGCGCCGCUGUCUGGAUGCCUUUUGCAUACAACAAAGACUAUCAGAGUAUCCCUGCAUGCAAGACACCGGCAGCGCCAUCUAUGGAGACGGAGAGCAGGUGUGGACGGCCGCUGGGCCUAGCGUUCCAUCGCAAGACCGGUGAUCUCUACAUCGCCGAUGCAUACAAGGGGCUUAUGCGGGUUGGGCCAAGCGGCGGUGAGGCCGAGGUGCUUGCUACCGAAGCAGAUGGUGUCGCAUUUAAUUUUGUCAAUGGCAUCGAUGUGGAUCAAUCUACCGGCGAUGUCUACUUCACGGACAGCAGCACCACCUACACCCGUCGGAAUAACAUAGAUAUUAUGCUCAAUGCCGACGCGACGGCGCGGCUGCUGAAGUACGACGCGCGGACGAAGCAGGUGACCGUGCUCAGGGCCGGGCUGCCGUACGCCAACGGCGUGGCCGUCAGCCCCGACGGGAGCCACGUCGUGGUGGCGCACACGUGGCCGUGCCAGGCGUUCAGGUACUGGCUGGCCGGGCCCAGGGCCGGCCAGUACGAGCUCUUCGCCGACCUGCCGGGGUACCUCGACAACGUCCGGCGCGACGGCAAUGGCGGCUACUGGGUGGCUCUCAACCGGGAGAAGAUGCAGUCGGACGGGACCACCCCUGCUUCGUUGACCAAGCACCUCGUCGGCGUCCGGCUCACCGGCGACGGCACCGAGGUGGAGGAGCUCACGGCUGCCAGGGGCGACACGCUCAGCGAGGUGACGGAGAUGGGGCGCAGGUUGUGGCUCGGCUCCGUCGAGCUUAAUUACGUGGGUCGUAUGGACAUUAACGACGGAUCCGUCUAUUAAUCAGUAAUCGAUCUGUCAAUUAGUAUAUUAGGUAUUCAGUAGUUAAGUUGUUAGAUCUGUCCAUAGAUUAGAUAUUAGCUAGUAUUUGAGUAAUCGGGUCAUAAAUGGUGUGAAACUUUUUCGUGAGCAGAUUAAUUAAUUAAUUAAUUAUGUGUUAAUGAUCUUGUCUU